GAGGGGACGGCCGGUGGGCUCCGAGGGCUGGGCGCAGCCUCCGGGUCUCUCCUGCCUUCUUCUCUCAGCUGGCGGACGAGACCCAGGGGGCUGUCGCGGCGGGGGUGUGCGUGUACGGCCCGGCCCGGCCCGCCCCCCGGGGGCCACCGCCGCCGCCUCCCUGCCCGCGGUGCCGUGCGGUAGAAGCGCUCGGCGUUUAAAUGCCCCCGACGCGGCGCUGCACCGGCGACAGGAGCCGGGGAAGCCCCGCGGGCGCCGCAGCCAUUGGCUGCCGCCCCCCACGUGCCUGCCCGCUGCCGGCGCCUUCGUGUCAUUUUCCUGCCGGCCCCAUGGAGGAAGUGGGAAAGUUGGCGCGGCCCCGCCGGACGCUGAAGACCCGGUGGCGGCGUCACAGAGGGACGCGGCGAGGAUGAGCUCCUUCCUCGAGUACCCCGUCCUCGGCGGCGAGGCGGGGGGCUGCGCCUCCCGCGCCUACCACCCCGACCACGGGAUUACAACUUUCCAGCCCUGCGCCGUCAGCGCCGGCAGCUGCAGCGGAGAGGACCGCUUCCUGGCGGGCCGCGGGGUGCCCAUCAGCCCCCACCGCCACCAUCACCACAGCCCGGCCCAGCCCGCAGCCUACCAGCACCACGGCGGGCUGGGGGUGUCCUACGCGCACCCCGGCUGCGGCCCGACCUACAGCGCGCAGGGCUUCGGACCGGCGUACGGCCCCUACCCCCUGGGGCAGGACGCGGAGCUGGGCGGCGGCUUCCCUCCCUGUGCCCCCGCCGUGUACUCGGGGAGCAUCUCCUCCUCGGCCGCUGCGCAGCACCCGCUCCCGCACCAGGGCUACGCGGGCACCUCCGCUCAGUACGUGCCUCCCCCCUACGGGCAGGAGCAGCAGAGCCUGCCCCUGGGCACCUACAACCAUGCCCUGUCUCCCCUCCACGCUGGGCACCGGGAAAACGCCCGCUCCCCCUCCACCGAGACCUCGCCGCCGGCGCAAACCUUCGACUGGAUGAAAGUGAAAAGAAACCCACCCAAGACAGGCAAGGCUGGCGAGUACGGCUUCGUGGGGCAGCCCAACACCGUCAGAACUAACUUCACCACCAAGCAGCUCACCGAGCUGGAGAAGGAGUUUCAUUUCAACAAAUACCUGACCAGGGCCAGGCGGGUGGAGAUCGCCGCCUCCCUCCAGCUCAACGAGACGCAGGUGAAGAUCUGGUUCCAGAACCGGCGGAUGAAGCAAAAGAAACGGGAGAAAGAGGGGCUGCUGCCCAUCUCCCCCGCCACCCCCACGGGCUGCGAGGAGAAGGCGGAGGACUCGUCGGAGAAGUCCUGCUCCUCGCCCUGCAGCGCUUCGCCCGCCUCCUCCGCCUCGGACACGCUCGCUGCCUCCAACUGAGCGCGGCCGUGCCCCGACGGCCGCCCGGCGCGGCGCCCCCGCCAGCGCCACGCGUCCGUCCAGCGCCGCUCUGUCGGUCCCUCUGUCGCUCGGAAUCCCCGAGAGGUUCCGGCGAGCUGCCGCUGCCUCCCCCGCUACCUCCGCCGCCCCGGGGGUGCCGGCUCCGUCGGGUCCCGGCGCCUUGGUGCCAGGGAAUUUUCUUCCCGGCCCCCCUUCCUUUUCUGCUGGAGGAGCUGUGUUGGCAUACGAGUAAGGGCCUCCCUCCUCCACUGCAAGGACGCUCCACCGAGCUUCCCUGAGUGAAAGACAGGUUAUUUAGGGUACAUAACCUCACAAAGAGAUGCACUAUUGCAAGUGUUUACACGACUUAUAGGACUUUCAUCCCCUUAAUUUAAUGUAUUCUUUGUUCGUGUCAGUGAGUUUGUUGCUUGUAAAUACUUUGUCCGAGAGAUUUAUCUUUUUACAGAUUUUUCUAGAAUGAUGUUUCGAUUAUCAGGUUAAGCAGGGUGAGCGCAUUCGCCAAACUGGAUCCAUUUUUAUAUUGGUAAAGUAGACUACUGUAUCAAGUAAACGUCUUAAGCUCAAGCAGAUACCUCGAAAAAGUAGCGUUAUUUCCUUAAAUGUGACAAACAAGGCUUCAAUUGCACUAGGUUUUUUAAACCUUACCCGGUGUGCUUGCUCCCUCUCCUUUCCCCCCUGUCCCUGAAGCUGUGUUGGAUUACGCUCAGCUGAAGGGUACAACCAUCCAAAAGACCUCGCCUUUUCCUAUCUUCAUAUUAACCUUCCUUUAGACUUGAUGUCUUUUCAAACUACUCGUGAAUGUGACAAAUGGCCAAAUGAAUGUAUAAUUUCUGUGGUUGGUGUCCAGACCUUUGCAUGACGCACCGUGCUUUGCUGUACUGCGGGUACACUGAGUUCUAUCAGUUGUCGUGUGUGAGCAAAAAUGUCCUCCUGAUUUUUCUGUACAAUCAUGAAAGACUCUGUGAUUCCACCGGUGGUGGAAUCCAGGGCAGGAUUUACGGGUCCUUAUAAUGUCUGUAAUAAAUAUAUUCCA